AUGGACAAGAUCGUGGCCUGUGCCUACUCUGGCAACGUACUCAGCUCCAGGACCGUUGCCGUUACCACCUUCACACCAUUAAUAUCAGUAGAGGAGCGAAAGGCAGGCCGGCGCAUUCUCCUCGCUCAUCUCCACGACUGCUUCGCUAACGCUGACGCUUGUCUCCCCGCUGAUCCUGGGAUGAGACAGUACCACCUCUCCAUCCUCCACACUCUAGUCAUUAGUUGUACGGAGGAGAGCUCGGAGUUUUGUCUUCAUCUACUAAUGCAGGACUUUGCUACUCUACGCUACAAUCCCUACGCGUUGGCCACCGGAAAAACCGUCGCUGUUACUGACCCGAAGAUUUCCAAGUACCUCAAUGUUCGCUGUCAAAGUGUGCGUGAUCUACACAUGUACGUCGGAGUCAAUGUCUUCCGUCUUGUCCGCGCCCAGACCUCCUCUAUGCUGCCUUACUUCGAUUCCUUUUGCUCUGAGCUCAACAACAUUUGGACGAAUGGGUAUGGAGGCCUUGGAGAGCGAUGUCUUCUAUUGGAAGUCGUCAUAUACCUAGCAUUGCGCCUUCCUUGCACAUUCGCGGAACAGCGGGAUAAACUGUCGAUCAUACUCGCUGGCGUUCUUACAGAAUGGAACAACCCUAAGUGUCCCCUUGUGAUCAUCGGUGCUGACAAGGCGGGUAAUGAAGGAAAAUUCAAGGGUGGAACGGAGUGGUUAAUUGACUAUUUUGGUCUUUCAAUGGAUGCAGACGAGAUCCUGGGAAGUAUGGACUUCCUCACGGGCAGAGUUGCUACGCGUCUGGAGCUGCGCUGGAUAUCACUGGCUACUGUCGCCAUCGUGAGGCAGUUGAAAGGGACCCUUUCUCCUGAACAGACGGACGCUGUGUCCAUUCCUCUAAUCGAAAAGUUAGUCGUCCCCGCCUUCAAUUUGCUCAGGACUUUGAACAAGCUUUGGCAGCCAAAGACAGCACAACUCUGCCACCCUUCAAUGCGAUCGGUGCUGGAGGUGACGCAUGCUGAAAUGGCUCUGCUAGCUAACAUAAAGUUGAAAAACCCCUCCAGGAAUUCUGAUCCAGAGAGCCUUGUGACAGUUGAGCACCGUGAGAUAUCAGAGGACUACGUGCCAAAAUUACAAUCCUUUCUAACGCAACUUUACGAAUCGACUAUCCAUAUAUGCAAUUUCAUGGUAGCAAUCACGGCGAGCCGUUUCUACGCUCUACCCACUGAUCAACUGAGCCAUCUGCUCUACAACUAUAUGUGCCCCAGUAUUGACUCCUUGCCUGACUUUCGACUGCUUCAGCUACUUCGUGAGUCUUUUCCUACAUUCCACUUAUUGAGAGCUUUGAAAACGAGUUUCCAGUCAUUUAAAGUAGGACUAUUUGAUUUUUUUUCCUCGAACCAUCAUUUUUGUGAAGGCAUUUUUGCAGUUGUACUUUUCGUGAUCAUUACACAAAGUUCUUUACUGGAGAAGAGGCUGAGAUUGAUUCCAUCAUUAUACUUUACCUGA